AUGCCUCACACCUUCACUCUCCCCUCCCUUCCUGAAGGUUGGUCCGCCGACAAAAACUUCAAGGCCAUCGGAUCCCUCUCGAAGCCGUCGCAGCGGAUCAUCGAGCCCGUUGGACCGCACUUCCUCGCCCACGCGCGCAGGAAGCGACAUAAGCGCACCUUCUCCGAAGAUGAGCGCAUCCAGGCGCAGAAUAACGUCAAGAAGACCGAGGAUGAUGAUGAGGGAGAUAUCAGCGAGCCGGAAGAUCCGGUGAUGUUGCAGCGGGAUGCAAAGGACUGGAAGGGUCAAGAUCACUACGCCGUCCUUGGCCUCUCCAAAUAUCGCUGGCGUGCAACCGAGGAGCAGGUUCGCAAAGCCCACCGGAAGAAGGUCCUCAAGCACCACCCGGACAAGAAGGCCGCCGCCGGCGGUUCCGAGGACGACUCCUUCUUCAAGUGCAUCCAAAAGGCCACCGAAAUCCUCCUCGACCCCACCAAACGCCGUCAAUGGGACUCCGUGGACGAGGCCGCUGACGUGGAGCCGCCCACGAAGAAGGAGACGCAAAAAGGCAACUUCUACCGCCUAUGGGGCCGCGUCUUCGAUGCGGAGGGACGCUUCUCCCGCAACCAGCCAGUGCCGAAACUCGGGGACGAAAACAGCACGAAACCCGAAGUGGAGGACUUCUACAACUUCUGGUACACCUUCGACAGCUGGCGCACGUUCGAGUACCAAGACGAAGACGUGCCGGACGACAACGAGAACCGUGACCAGAAGCGUCACGUGGAGCGGAAGAACGCGAACGCGCGCAAGAAGAAGAAGACGGAGGAUACCGCGCGGCUGCGGCACCUGGUGGACGACGCGCUGGCGCUGGACGAGCGGAUCAAGAAGUUCAAGCAGGCGGAGCACGCGCAGCGGAACAAGAAGCGACUGGAGCGUGAGGCGGAGGAGAAGCGGGUGGCGGAGGAGGCAGUGAAGGCGAAGGAGGCGGCGGCGCGAGCGGCGGUGGAGAAGGCGGAGGCGGAGAAGGCGGGCAAGGCGGAGACGAAGAAGGCGAAGGAAGCGGCUAAGAACGCGGCGAAGAAGAAUAAGCGUGUGGUGCGGGGUGCAGUGAAGGAGGCGAACUACUUCGCGGGUGCGGGCGACGCGCCGGCGAAGCAGGUGGAGGCGGUGUUGAAUGAGGUGGAUCUGAUCAUCACGAAGAUCGACAAUGAGGAGCUGGCGGGGUUGAAGGCGAAGCUGGAUGGGAAGACGAAGGCGGAGGAGAUUAAGGGGAUCUUUGCGGAGGAGGUGAAGAGGUUGGUUGGGGCUGGGACGCUGAAGGAAGGAGAGGCCAAGGUAUUGGCGUGA